AUGGAUUUCUUAUAUGAAGAGACUGCAACAGAGACUGCAGAUGCCGUUAAGGUGACAAAACAUGAUGAUAAGACUGAUGAGGCGUUUCAGAAGUUCGAGGACCAAGUGGAUGAACAGCUCCAGAAAACUUCAAAGGCUAUUUUAGGUUUUGUUAAAGAGAAGGACUCUUUGAAUUUCCAAAUCCCUGAGAAUUUGGGCGGUACCGUUACAAAUAAGGCUCAAGAGAUGUUGGGGAAAUUGGAUGACAACUUGGAGAAAGUUGAAGAGUUGACGCAAGGGUACUGGAACACUGUUUCUAAAAAAUCAUUCUGGUCGUCCAUGGCGAAUACCAUAUCUACUCAGUUUCAAGAAGUGCUUGAUUUCGAUGCCAAAGAGGCAGAGGGAUCUAACAAGGAUACCGCUUUUAGCUCAAUUACAGACACAAAGUUGAAACAACUUGCCAUAGACAAGUCAAUAUAUUUGAAAUAUAAUGCAGCAAGCUUACCGAAGGAUUUUGUAAUAAAGGAACAUUUUGAAGAGAUUCAAGAGUUAUUAAACAAGGAUUCGGACUUGAAAAGCUUACACGAAGACGUUGUCCCAGCACCUCUUGAUGAUGCAACAUUUUGGAAUAUUUACUUCACUAAGAAGGCGGAGAUUCUAAAUUUGGCCUCAAAGAAGCGUGACUUAUUAAGUGCCAAGGAAGAUCUAGGUAAAGAACAAGCAAUAGGAUGGGAUGAUGAGGAAGAGGAUUCAGAAGAAGAAAUUAUUCCUUCUAAAACUGCAAAGGCUAAACAAGACUCCAACACUGGUAAGGAGACUAUUUCUUCUGCUAAAACUGAAUCAAAAGCUAUCAAGCAAGAGGAAAAUGACGACGAAGAAGAUGAUGAUUGGGAGUAG